GCAGCUCUGAGCUGAGCCCCUCCUCUCUUCCAGCGGCCCUGGCAUGGUGCUCAAGGCCUUCUUCCCCACGUGCUGUGCCUCGGCAGACAGCGGCCUCCUGGUUGGACGGUGGGUCCCGGAGCAGAGCAGUGCCGUGGUCCUGGCUGUGGUGCACUUUCCCUUCAUACCCAUCCAGGUCAAGGAGCUCCUGGCCCAGGUGCAGCAGGCCAGUCAGGUGGGCGUGACUGUGCUGGGCACCUGGUGCCACCGCCGGCAGGAGCCGGAGGAGAGCCUGGGCCACUUCCUGGAGGGCCUGGGUGCCAUCUUCUCCCACAAGCCCUGGUUCCAGCUAUGCCGGGAGAGAGGCAGCAAGUCCUGGAGCUGCAAGGCCACCCACUGGCAGGGGCCCACCUCCCAUGCCGCCUCUGGCGAGGACCAGGUCAUGCUUAUCUUCUACGACCAGCGCAAGGUGCUGCUGUCCCAACUGCACCCACCCGCAGUCCUGCCCGACCGCCAGGCUGGGGACACCACAGCCAGCGCGGGGGGCCUGGCUGCUGUCUUUGACACAGUGGCGCGUAGCGAGGCACUCUUCCAAAGUGACCGGUUCGAUGAGGGCCCCGUGCGGCUGAGCCACUGGCAGUCGGAGGGCGUGGAGGCCAGCAUCCUCGUGGAGCUGGCCAAGUGGGCAGCAGGGCCUGUCUGCCUGCUUCUGGCCUGCCUGCUGUCUCUCGUCUCGGCUGCCAGUGCCUGUCGGGUGUUCAAGCUGUGGCCACUGUCCUUCAUCUGGAGCAAACUCUCCACGUGUGAGCAGCUCAGGCACCGGCUGGAGCAGCUCACACUCAUCUUCAGCACCCGGAAGGCUAAGAACCCUGCCCAGCUGAUGAGGAAGGCCAACAUGCUUGUCUCUGUGCUCCUGGAUGUGGCCCUUGGCCUCAUGCUGCUGUCCUGGCUCCACAGGAAGGACCUCAUCGGGCAGCUGGCUGAUGCCCUCAUCCCUGUGGCUGACCACGUGGCCAAGGAGCUCCAGCAUCUGCUACAGUGGCUGAUGGGCGCACCCGCUGGGCUCAAGAUGAACCGGGCUCUGGACCAGGUGCUGGGCCGCUUCUUCCUGUACCACAUCCACCUGUGGAUCAGCUACAUCCACCUCAUGUCCCCCUUCAUUGAGCGCAUCCUGUGGCACGUGGGCCUCUCAGCCUGCCUGGGCCUGACGGUCGCCCUGUCCAUCCUCUCAGACAUCAUAGCCCUCCUCACCUUCCACAUCUACUGCUUCUAUGUCUAUGGCGCCAGGCUAUACUGCCUGAAGAUCCAUGGCCUGUCCUCACUCUGGCGCCUGUUCCGAGGGAAGAAGUGGAAUGUUCUGCGCCAGCGCGUGGACUCCUGCUCCUAUGACCUGGACCAGCUGUUCAUUGGGACCUUGCUGUUCACCAUCCUGGUCUUCCUUCUGCCCACCACGGCCCUGUACUACUUGGUGUUCACACUGCUCCGGCUCCUGGUGGUCACUGUGCAGGGCCUGAUCCAUCUGCUUGUGGACCUCAUCAACUCCCUGCCGCUGUACUCACUCGGCCUCCGGCUCUGCCGGCCCUACAGGCUCGCAGCCGGUGUGAAGUUCCGAGUCCUGGAGCACGAGACUGGCAGGCCCCUCCGCCUCCUGAUGCAGAUAAACCCCCUGCCCUACAGUCGCGUGGUGCACACCUACCGCCUCCCCACCUGUGGUUGCCACCCCAAGCACUCCUGGGGUUCCCUGUGCCGCAAGCUGUUCUUCGGGGAGCUCAUCUACCCCUGGAGGCAGAGAGGGGACAAGCAGGACUGAGGGACCCUGGCCACCAGCCAGCCCAGCACCACCUCCUGCCAGGGUGUCAGGGUAGCACGUGGUCCUGCUCUUUGCUUUCCUGCCCCUGGUUGUCUGGGGCCUUUGCAGGCCCUGCCGGGGCCCUGCCCGUCGCAUCUCCUCCUGACUUUGAGGUCGUGGGAGUGGUGAGCAGGAGGAUGCGGGAACGGCCAGCCAGGCCAGCGGCCCACGCUCCAGCACCAGCACAUUUGCCUCGGGAACCCCCUGCUGACCUGUUGUGAUGGCACAGUUAACCUGGUGCACACCGGCCCCCCAGGCCUAUCGAGGAGCCCCGUCCUGCCCCCCACCCCAGUCUAUACCCAGACCCUAGGAGGGGGUGCAGAGCCCUGCCUCUGCCCACCAUGCCCGUUCCCAGUGGGGUGGGCUGGCAGGUCUUUCUGGCUGCUCACUGGCACCCCACCCUGUCAUGGGGUGGAGGGGAUCCUUCCCAGGGUGCACUCAAGUGUCCUUGAGACUCUCGCCCCUAAGCAUCUCCUUCCCUGGAAGAUGCCCUCCUGGGCCCCCAGUGCCUUCCAGCUGUCUCAGUGGAGCCACAGCCAGCCAGUCGGGGAUCCAAGCCACUGCUGACCCCCAGCGCAGUCCAGCAGCUCCAGGAAGCUGGGCAGCAGCGCCCCUCACGCCCUGAUUCGCACAGGGCUUGUUGAUGCUCCUGGAGAGACUGCUCUGCAGGAGGAGCUGCCCUCAGGGCUUUGAGUGUCCCUGUGUGAAGCCAGGCCACAUGGGGUGCCUGGAGCUGUCAGCAGAGAUCCACGCACCCACGCUGCCCCGUUCCUGCCCUGUACCCCUGCAAAUCUUCCAUCUCGCUCACUGGCUUCUCCUGGGCAGAUGCUCGUGCAGCCCCCAGGGAGGGGCCCUAGCACUCAGGCUGCAUCUGCCUGCUGGCCGCAAGCAGAAUCUGAGUGUGGGUGUUAGCCCCAGAAUCCCCAGGGGGAGGAAGCCUCAAGAUGCGGGUGGCGUCACAUACGGUGUGUCAUCGUGGUGUUGGAGAUGAUCAUGCUGUAGGUGGCGGGGCAGCGCUCUCUGUCCAUCCCAGGCACUUGGGACUGUCCACUUCUGUCACCCACGCUCCUUGGCUGUGGGCCACAGUGGGAGGGGGCCUGGGGGAGUCCCCACCAGCCCAGGGUCGGGCAGGAGGGGUACUGGCUCUGUCUUUUCUGCUGGGACAAUAAAGCCUCCCACGUAUUU